AUGCUAAAAAAAUUCACACAUUGCAUUAUUAACGUAUCCACAAGACGAGGUCAACAAAUUCUCUAUCGAAAAAGAUCCAAAAUGAGUGCUCAACAUACCACCGCUACUAACAUUGAUCAAGCCAUCCUCCAAGAAGACAAUGUCACCCCUUGGGAGGUUGAGGCUGAAAAUGAAAAAGGCGUCGAUUACAACAAGCUCAUCGAUCGCUUCGGUUCCAAAGAGAUCACCGAAGAGGAUAUCAAAAGAGUGGAAAGAUUGACUGGUAAGCCUGCUCAUCCCUUCCUCAAGAGAGGUAUUUUCUUUUCUCAUCGUGAUUUAAACAUUGUGUUAGAUCAUUUCGAACAAGGAAAACCCUUCUAUCUCUACACAGGUAGAGGUCCAUCCAGUGAGAGUAUGCACUUGGGGCACUUGAUUCCAUUCAUGUUCACUAAAUAUCUUCAAGAUGCUUUCAAUGUUCCACUUGUGAUUCAAAUGACUGACGACGAAAAGUUUUUGUGGAAAGACUUGGAAUUGGAAGAAACUCAUCGAUUGGCCUAUGAAAAUGGAAAGGAUAUUAUUGCGUGUGGAUUUGAUAUGGACAAGACUUUUAUCUUCUCCAACCUCGACUACAUGUCUCACUUGUAUCCAGUCGUUUGCAAAAUUCAAAAAGAAGUGACAUGCAGUCAAGUGAAGGGUGUUUUCGGCUUGUGUGACAGCGACAAUAUUGGAAAGAUGUCAUUCCCAGCUAUUCAAGCAGCUCCAUCCUUCUAUCAAGCGUUUCCUCACCUAUUUCCUGAGAAGGAAUUUGGGAAAGAUGGGGUUGCUUGUUUGAUUCCAUGCGCCAUUGAUCAAGAUCCCUAUUUCCGUGUCACACGUGACGUGGCAAGAAAAUUGAAAUGGAAAACUCCAAGUGUCAUUCAUUCCAAAUUCUUUCCUGCAUUGCAAGGAGCAUCUAAAAAGAUGUCUGCUUCCUCUGAAACUUCAUCAAUUUAUCUUACUGACACUCCAAAACAAAUUGAGGAGAAAAUCAAAAAACAUGCUUUCAGUGGUGGGCGUGCUACCAAGGAAGAGCAAAUGCAAUUUGGAGCUGAUCUUGAGAUUGAUGUUUCAUUCAGAUAUUUAGAAUUCUUCUUAGAGGAUGAUCAAAAGUUGGAAGAGAUUAGAGAAAAGUACAGCACCGGAAAGAUGUUAACUGGAGAAGUGAAGGCCAUUUUGAUUGAGACACUUCAAAAGUUGGUUGGAGAGCAUCAAAAGAAUAGAGCUGCAAUUUCAGACGAGACUUUAAAGGAAUUUUUCUCCGUUCGUCCAUUAAAAUUUGGACACAAAGGGGAAUAA